GGUGAAGUGACGGUUCUGUUAAACCUGCUCUGACGGAAUGUACGUUUGACUGUCAAGCGACGUUCUAAAAAGAGCACAUAGACAGGCGGAAUUCCAGAUGGACAUGAAGAGGACUACUGAGCCUCUGACUCGCUCUGAGGUGUUUAACCAGCUCAAGAGGGAGCUCUAUGGAGAGCAUCAUUCCGGUCAUUCCGAGAACAACUUAUUCAUCAUCCUGGGUGCUUCUGGGAAUCUUGCAAAGAAGAAGAUCUACUCCGCUUUAUGGUGGUUGUUCAGAGACGGCCUGCUUCCAGACAACACAUACUUUGUGGGCUUUGCCCGGUCUAACUUGACAGUGGAGGACAUCAAGAAGACAUGCCUGCCUUAUAUGAAGGUGGCUGAUGAAGAAGGUGAUUGUCUGUCUUCCUUCUUCAGUAAGAACUCCUACUUGAGAGGCAGCUAUGACGAUGGCAGCUCAUACGACAAACUCGACACACAUUUGUCAUCUCUACCUGGAGGAGUCGAUGCCAACCGGAUUUUCUACCUGGCUCUGCCCCCCACCGUCUACCACCAUGUCUGUGCAAACAUCAGGAAGCACUGCAUGAGCCCUACCAGAGGGUGGAACAGGCUCAUCAUGGAGAAGCCCUUUGGCCGUGACCUCCAGAGUUCACAGGAGCUGUCGGCCCACCUGGCCUGCCUCUUCAAAGAGGACCAGAUCUACCGCAUAGACCACUACCUGGGCAAAGAGAUGGUCCAGAACCUCAUGGUGCUCAGAUUUGGAAACCGCCUCUUUGGACCUACAUGGAACAGGAACAGUGUGUCAUGUGUGGUACUCACCUUCAAGGAACCCUUUGGGACAUAUGGACGUGGAGCAAACUUUGAUGACUUUGGGAUCAUUCGAGAUGUCAUGCAAAACCACCUCCUCCAGAUGCUCUGCUUGGCUGCCAUGGAAAAGCCUGCCUCCACCUGGCCCGAUGAUGUGAGAAAUGAGAAGGUGAAAGUGUUGAAGUGUAUUGCUCCUGUGGAUGCGUCAGAUGUAGUGCUUGGACAGUAUAUGGGGGACCCUGAUGGGGAAGGCCAAUCCAAGUUGGGUUACCUGGAUGACCCCACUGUACCUAAAGACUCCUGCACACCUACAUUUGCGACCGCUGUGCUUUAUGUCCGCAAUGAAAGAUGGGAUGGUGUUCCUUUCAUUCUGCGCUGCGGUAAAGCCCUGAAUGAGCGUAAGGCAGAGCUGCGGCUGCAGUUCACUGACGUGCCCGGCAACAUCUUUGCAACACACUGUCAAAGGAAUGAACUGGUGGUGCGAGUGCAACCAAACGAGGCCAUCUACCUGAAGAUGAUGACCAAGAGGCCCGGGGUUUACUUCAGCCCAGAGGAGACUGAGCUGGACCUUACAUACAGGAGCCGUUACAAGAAUGUGAAGCUCCCAGACGCUUAUGAGAGGCUCAUACUCGAUGUCUUCUGUGGAAAUCAAAUGCACUUUGUCCGAAGUGAUGAGUUACGGGAAGCCUGGAGGAUUUUUACCCCGCUCCUCCAUCAAAUGGAGAAAAAGAAGACACGCCCCAUACCCUACAAAUAUGGGAGCCGUGGCCCAAGCGAAGCAGAUGAUCUAGUCAGGAAGGUCGGAUUCUGCUAUGAGGGAAAAUACAAUGGUGGGUCGGUGGGGAACACCAAGGUGUUCCCAGGCCAGCUGUGAGUCAUAAUCCCUCCAGCAUGUCGUAGGUCUGCCCUAGGGCCUCCUCCCGUCUGGGCAUGCCCGAAC